AUGUCGUGCAGCAGCCUCUACAUGCCGCACGAUGGAGAUCACGAUAUCCGCCAGGCGUUCCGCAAGAUCAUACACAAUGUCGUCUCUACGCACAAGCGGGACGAUGGGAUACGGUAUCUAAAGACAGUACAGCGACUCGCGAGUGACGCCGCGAAGGACCCAACGCGUCAGUUCCGACGCAACAACGACCGCAUUUCCGAGGAAGUUGUGAGGCCGAGCGGUGUGCUUGAAGUUCUCCUUGAGAUGGGGUUUCGAAGCGUCGUCAAGAACAACGAUGAGUACUUCAGCCAUGCCGGCGGUACUCUCAACAAGAACCUCCGCAUCGGUAUCACCAUGCUCCAGGAAACUCUGGAGUGCGAGGGACCCAAGCAAUCAGCUGAUGAACACAGGCAUGAACAAGAAAAGGCAGAAAAGAAAGCUGCAGUAGAGACUCUGCUGAAGAAGAUCAAAGAUGACCGGAUAUCUGUCCGUGCCAGAGUUCAGCGGGAGCGACAGUCCGGUCAAUACGAGAAAGGCAUCCCUCCCCGCUCGGGAACUGUGAAACCAGGCAAGAUUGCGACACUUCAAGGAUCCGAUGCGAAUCCAUGUACAUCCUAA